AGAGAGGCUGAAGCUGCAACGGGGUGAGCCAUGGCGCUUGGUCUAGGCGGCUCCAGGUAGAGGAUCAUGCGGAGUAAGAAGCGCGUGCAGAGGCUGGAACCAGGGGCUUGUAGGAAACAGGGCGGCUCACGCCUUUGAUCCUCCCGCAAAGUGAAAAUCUAUAAGCGCCUAGAGUUGAUUGGAAUUAUUGACAUCAAAAUGGAUGAAAACAUAUUUUUAAAUGACUCCUUUUGAACAAAAUGCAUAAAUGAAAAAAUACAGUGUUUGAGAGAUAUAGUUCCACAGAGUUCUGGAAAAGAUGGCUUAUUUAAGCCUCAAGGAAAUUGCACUGAUGGUUGGCGUGGUGGCCGCGUGCUACUGGAACAGUCUGUUUUGCGGCUUUGUUUUUGAUGACGUCUCAGCCAUAUUGGACAACAAAGAUUUGCAUCCUUCUACUCCUUUAAAAAAUCUGUUUCUGAAUGACUUCUGGGGGACUCCUAUGUCUGAGGAGAGGAGUCAUAAGUCAUAUCGGCCACUCACGGUCCUCACAUUCCGUUUGAACUACCUGUUCAGUGAGUUAAAUGCUGUUUCUUACCACUUCCUGAAUGUACUCUUCCAUGCGGUUGUUUCUGUAAUCUUCCUCAAGGUCUGUAAGCUCUUCUUGGACAACAGGACCAGUUUGGUAGCAUCCUUACUAUUUGCAGUACAUCCAAUACACACGGAGGCGGUAACUGGUGUUGUAGGCAGAGCAGAGCUUCUCUCCUCGAUCUUUUUUCUAGCUGCUUUUCUGUCAUACACCAGAUCCAGAGGGCCAGAGAACACAAUAGUGUGGACUCCUAUUGCAAUGACUGUGUUUCUUGUGGCCGUUGCUACAUUAUGUAAGGAGCAAGGAAUAACAGUGGUGGGAAUAUGUUGUGUCUAUGAAGUAUUUAUAGCUCAAGAGUAUACCUUGCCCAUCCUUUGGGAUACAGUGUUCCAGAUUCUCCGAGGCAAAGGCAGCAUCCCUUACUGUAUGCUCCAAAUGCUGUUGAAACUAAUAGUUCUGAUGUUUAGUACACUACUUCUUGUUGUGAUCAGAGUCCAGGUGAUUCAGUCACAGUUGCCAGUGUUUACAAGGUUUGAUAACCCAGCCGCUGUGAGCCCCUCACCUGCAAGGCAGCUGACUUUCAACUACCUCCUUCCUGUAAAUGCCUGGCUGCUUCUCAAUCCUUCUGAACUGUGUUGCGAUUGGACAAUGGGCACCAUACCAUUAGUGGAGUCUCUUCUAGAUGUGAGAAACAUUGCCACCGUCACCUUCUUCUGCUUUUUGGGAACGUUGCUUGUCUUUAGCCUCCGAUAUCCUGGGGAUUCCUCCAAGACUGUAUUAAUGGCACUUUGUUUAAUAGUGUUGCCAUUCAUACCAGCAUCAAACCUUUUUUUUCCUGUUGGCUUCGUAGUAGCUGAACGAGUGUUGUAUGUUCCCAGCAUGGGAUUCUGCAUGUUAGUAGCCCAUGGGUGGAAAAAGCUCUCAAGUAACAGUGUACUGAGAAAGCUGUCCUGGAUUUGUCUGUCGGCAGUGCUUUUAUUACAUGCCUUAAAAACAUUGCACAGAAACUGGGAUUGGGAAUCAGAGUAUACAUUGUUCAUGUCUGCUUUAAAGGUUAAUAAGAAUAAUGCAAAACUUUGGAAUAAUGUGGGUCAUGCUCUAGAAAAUGAAAAGAACUUUGAAAGAGCUUUGAGAUUCUUCAUACAAGCCACCCAAGUACAGCCAGAUGAUAUUGGUGCCCACAUGAACGUAGGAAGAACUUACAAAAAUUUAAACAUGACCAAAGAAGCUGAAGCCUCCUAUUUGGUUGCAAAAUCAUUGAUGCCACAGAUUAUUCCAGGUAAAAAAUAUGCUGCUCGCAUCGCCCCUAACCAUCUGAAUGUUUAUAUAAACCUUGCAAAUUUGAUUCGAGCAAAUGAGUCUCGCCUUGAAGAAGCAGACCAGUUGUAUCGCCAAGCCAUUAGCAUGAGGCCAGAUUUCAAACAGGCAUACAUAAGCAGGGGUGAACUUCUUCUAAAAAUGAACAAACCUCUGCAAGCGAAGGAAGCUUACCUUAGAGCUCUCGAACUGGAUAGACGCAAUGCAGAUCUCUGGUAUAACCUGGCAAUUGUUUACAUUGAACUGAAAGAGCCAACAGAAGCUCUCAAGAACUUCAACAGGGCAUUAGAACUGAAUUCUAAUCAUAAAUUAGCACUGUUCAAUUCUGCACUGUUGAUGCAAGAAUCCGGUGAUGCUAGACUUAGGCCUGAAGCUAAGAAAAGACUUCUAAAUUAUAUAAAAGAAGAACCUCAGGAUGCAAAUGGCUAUUUUAACUUGGGUAUGCUUGCAAUGGAUGACAAAAAGGACGCUGAAGCAGAGACAUGGAUGAAAAAAGCCAUAAAGCUACAGCCAGGCUUCCGAAGUGCUUUGUUCAACUUGGCACUUCUUUAUUCUCAGACUACACAGGAGGUGAAGGCUUUACCAGUUCUGGAAGAGCUUCUGAAGUACUAUCCUGAUCAUACCAAAGGUUUGAUUCUGAAGGGAGAUAUUUUGAUGAACCAAAAGAAAGAUAUAAAAGGAGCUAAAGAGUGCUUUGAGAAAAUUCUGAAGAUGGACCCUAACAAUGUACAAGGAAAACACAACCUGUGUGUAGUAUAUUUUGAGGAACGGGAUUUAUUAAAAGCAGAGAGGUGUUUAGUAGAGACACUGGCCUUAGCGCCACAUGAAGAGUACAUCCAGCGUCAUUUAAGCAUAGUCCGAAGUAAAAUUGCUUCACUAGGUACAGGAGAAGCGUCUGUGAUUCCCCCUGAGAAAACUGUUGCUAUGGAAGAAAAAAAAACUCAGUCCAAAAACUUGAAAGGGGCAAAAAAUGAUGUGAAAAGGACUCAGACCACAACUAUCCAAAAUAGCAACAAAGGACAGAGCAAACCCAAGAAACAUGUGGAGAAAAAUACCACAGACAAAGAGACAAAAAAGAAGUCUACAAAAGAAAUAAAAGACAUUGAGAAAAAAAGGGUUGCUGCUCUGAAAAGACUAGAAGAAAUUGAACGUAUACUAAAUGGUGAAUAAUUCCUUGGGUUUUCUCUAAUACAGGAGGUUGACAGCUAUUUCCAAGGUUGUUUGUGUGUCCAGUUUAAAAAUGACUGCUAGGUGCAUUUUGAAUUUGAAAUGAAUAUUGAAAUAUAUCAUUAAAAAGGCUGUUUUCAUGGUACAAAGAAGUAAUCUGUUAGGAAGUCAUGGAUCUUAUUCAAAUAUGUUUAAGGAAUUGAGUAUUAGUGACACACAGGUAUUUUCCAGCAAUGGAAGUUAUAAAUCUGAUACUAAUAUUAAAUUGUGCCAGGGAGCAAGUCCAACUGAAUUCCACCAGUACUUGCUGAAUCUUGUGGACCUGGCUGCAGAUUACUAGCAACCAGAUUACUGGCAAUUGGUUCUUUGUGUGCUCAAAGAAUUGCAAAAUGCUAGAAGGCAAAUUUUAAAAGAUUACCUCAGGUGUGGUGGUUUCUAACAUGACAUUAAGGGAAUUCUCUGGUUCUUGUGCUUUAAGAUUGCACAUUUAGUUUGGAAAACUGACUUAAUUUCAGUUUACUCAUUAAAUCAUUGAAGUUUAUUCUGACUACAUGUUACUCAUCAUGCCCACUUUUUUCAUCUGCCUCCCUGAAAUUAUCAGUGUUCUAGGAUCAGGGUUAAUUAGCAAGUACCAUUUACAUUAGGUAUAUGUGUGCAUGCAUUUGGUAGUUUAUUCAGACUUACAUGGAUCACACUAAAAGUACAGUGGUUCCCUAAAUCAUCUGACAUGGGGAAACCCCAAAAUGAUGCUCUUGGACACUCCCUGCCCUAUUAUAUGAUUUUUUGAAACCUCCUAUUAUUUUAGAAACCAGUGUGAUUGUUUCUGAACAAUUCACCCAUCCUGCUGUAAGGAAUUAGUUGAUGUGAAACUUCUGGGUUUAUUUCCCUACUUUUUUAACUGCUGGAACUGAAGCAGGGUGCGGGGGGGAAUCUUUAUUUUUCAGUUAAGUAAUCCAUAUGGGGCAUCCUAAGUUUGUCACUGAUGAAUUGAUUCCCUGGUGUGGUAAACAUAAUGAGUGGCAAGCUAGCACUAUAUUUUUGCAAUCAGUAUAAUGGUAAUUUAUUUGGGAGAAUUUAGACAACAGUCAGCUGUUACCAGUAAGUCUCUGCUGUUCAGGGCAGUUCUAAAGAAAUUAAGCCUGCAAUCCUGAGCACACUAUCUUGUGAAUAAUUUCCACUGAACUUAAUUGAGAAUUGCUUCUCACAUGCAGAGGCUCCCAAAUUCAGUUUCUGAAUUUCCAGGUAUGGCUGUGAAAGGUGCUUGUAGAGCUACUGCUGGUUAGUAUUGACAAUACAGUGCUAGAUGGACUGAUUCAGUAUAAAGCCACUUCCUGUGUUCCUAGUGGAGUUAAACCAUAAGGUUGGACUGCAAGCAUUCCUCUUUGCUUAAAAUAACUUCUUGAGGGAUGCUUCAUAUAUUUCCUGCUGAAAAAUCAUUUCCAAGUAGGAAAGACUGUAGAUUACUGUGUGGACAGUUAGCAAGUUGUAUGCCAAUCACGCUCUCUUUGUCUCUUGCAAUCUCUACCCACCCCGCACACACACACAGGUAAUCUACAGAAAGAUUACAUGUUUCUGGUUUACGCACAGAUUCUAUUCUAUUUCCAGUUGGAAAGGCUGGCUUCUAGUUUAAUUUCAAACACUAAAUGUUUUAUUUUAUCAAACAAGUUGUGAGGUUGUUUUUUAUAUAUUUAUUCUGUCUACUAAAAUUCAAAAUGGUUUCCACUAACAACUUGUCUAGAAUGAGUUAACUUUGUUCUUUAUGUGAAAUAUGGAUUGAUAACUACUACAUUUUUUAUAUCUGUGGCUAUGCAUAUUUUCUCCUAAAUAUAUUGUUGGAUUGCCUAAAAUG